AUGUCAAAGUUGGAAGCCUUCACUGCCGAUGCGGGUGAUUCGAUGAGAGAGAACCAGAACCAGAAGUUUACCACCUACGACAGGGACAAAGAUGCCUGGGAAGAGAAGAACUGUGCUGUGGAGUACAUGGGUCCCUGGUCGUACAUAUAUUGCACCUAUAGUAACCUUUUCGGAUUAUAUUUGAAUGGGACCGUGGACAACAUGAAGUGGAAGGGUAAUGUUGAAAGCGGAACGGACAAAAAUGAUGUUCAAAAGUUUGAUUCGCAAGAUCAAAUCGCAUGGAAUCCGUAUAGCCAAUGUCCUACUUAUCCCACUGCCCAUGGUAUAUUUACCGUACAGGUAGGGGCUCUAAAUCCCUUUCAAGUUUCCUGCGAUGCAAAGAUUGUUGCUCCUGGCUGGACUGUGAUCGCUCGUCGAACAAACGGAGAUCUUAAUUUCUUUCGGAGCUGGCAGGAGUGCAAGAGGGGAUUUGGUGACAUUGCAGGAGACUUUUUUAUAGGACUGGAUAAGCUGCAUGCCAUAACGAAAUCACAGACUCACGAGCUAUAUGUACACCUGGAGGAUUUCGAGGGCAACACGCGAUACGCCCAAUACGACGAGUUCUUCAUCGAAAGUGAAAAUGAGCUAUACCGGCUGACAAAAUUGGGCGGUUUUACAGGAGAUGCGGGUGAUUCGCUUAGUAGUCAGAAGGGCCACAACUUUACCACCUACGACAGGGACAACGAUAUAAAACCGGAAUCAAACUGUGCAUUGGACUACAUGGGUCCCUGGUGGCACAAGCAUUGUACCUAUAGUAACCUAUUCUCCAUAUAUGUGAAUGGUACUGUGUCUAGCAUGGAACGAAAGGCAGUAAACUGGGCCGGUUGGCGCGGAUUUGCCUAUUCGCUUAAAGUAAUCCAAAUAAUGGUUCGUCCAAAGUACAAAAUCCGGUCGUGGUAGGAAGUUAAAAGAGGAUAGAUGCUUAAAUAUAUUCCAUUUGCAAUACGGUAUCUUCUCCAUUUCUAGCUUAGUUCUAUGUUAUGGU